UAGCGUUUUCCCCACUUGUGUUACUUAUAUUAAAAUGUCAUUUUGCUAUCGAAAUAUACUCCUUAAAUACAAAAUUGAUCUCUUACAUAUAACUUUGAAUUCACUCUAACUGAUAUUCCGGAAAAUCAUGAAUGGAUGACACCACAUGCUCAGUAAAGUCGAAGUUAUUAUUGAUGGCAAAAGAAAUGAAUUUAUUAUUACAAGUAGUAACACGAGAAAAUGAAUAAUAGUAGAAACAUUUAAUAUCAAUAAAUAAAUAAAUUCUUAAUACGUGUUAGUCAAAAUAAACACAUGAGAAAAGGUAAGCAAUGGUUUUGUUGUGAUAUUUCAAAUUUCAAUUUGAUUCAGUCUGAAUCUAGACCACUGAUUUGCAUCGCUCGCUUCUUCAUAUUCAGCUCUCACGCCUCUGUCCCAAUUGCCCAUUUUACAAGAAUAAAUUUUUUAUCCAUCUCCCUCACACCUUUCUGUAAUCUGGGUCACUUUUUUUUUUUUUUUUUUUGAAUCUCUGCAAUUUUCAUCGUAUCUUGUUUUUAUGGUAUGCAAUAAUCAGGGUGUAUUUUGAUCUAUCGUUACUGAUACUGAAACGCUCAUUUGAUUUGAGAAAGAUCCAAGCUUUGCGAUUGCUGCCUGGCCUGCUUUUUUGUUACUACUUUUUUAUUAUUGAAUAGUUAAUUAGUGGCAAAAAAAUGGACCGAUUCUAACAUUUCUCAGAUAUCAAUCUCCACCUUCCAAGACCCCACCUCUCUUUUCUUGCUUUCUCUCUCUAGAACUUCACUUGUGGCGUAAAGAUGUAUUUUUGAAUGGUUGUGUGAUUUGGAAAAAAAAUUGGGAUCGAUGAUGUACGGAGGCAGCGGAAUUCAAGGGAAGAGAGACAUGGCGAUGGAGUAUGAAGCUCAGAUAGCCGUAUUGAGGCCGAGCAUCCACAGUCGAAGGGCAAACAUGAUGGUGAAAUUCCAAGAUCUGUACGGAUUCACGGUUGAAGGAAAUGUGGAUGAUGUGAAUGUGUUGAAUGAGGUGAGAGAGAAAGUGAGGCAGCAGGGGAAGGUGUGGUGGGCGUUGGAGGCCAACAAGGGCGCCAAUUGGUAUCUGGAGAGCUUUAUUCCUUCCACUCUUCUCAAGUCUUCCCUUAAGUUGUCCACUUUGGUGAAUGCCAUCACUCUCAAGAAGCUCAUCAGGAAGGGCAUUCCCCCCAAUUUGAGGCCCAAGGUCUGGUUCUCCCUCUCUGGUGCUGCUAAGAAGAAGUCCACUGUGCCCGAUAGCUAUUACAAUGAUUUGAUCACUGCUGUUCAGGAUAAGAUUACCCCUGCUACCAAGCAGAUUGAUCAUGAUCUUCCUCGAACUUUCCCGGGCCAUCCAUGGUUGGACACCCCAGAGGGGCACGCUGCUCUAAGGCGCGUUCUUGUUGGAUAUUCUUUUCGAGAUUCUGAUGUUGGUUAUUGUCAGGGUUUAAAUUAUGUUGCAGCACUACUGUUGCUUGUGAUGAAAACUGAAGAAGAAGCUUUCUGGAUGCUCGCCGUUCUCUUAGAAAACGUGUUGGUUAGUGAUUGUUACACAACUAAUUUAUCUGGUUGCCAUGUCGAGCAGAGAGUGUUUAAAGAUCUGCUGACCAAAAAGUGCCCAAGGAUAGCUGCUCAUCUGGGAGCUUUGGAAUUCGAUGUUUCUCUAGUUUGCACAGAGUGGUUUUUAUGCCUAUUUUCUAAGAGCUUGCCUUCGGAGACAACGUUGCGUGUGUGGGAUGUUCUUUUCUACGAGGGAGCAAAGGUUUUAUUCAGUGUAGCCUUGGCAAUUUUUAAGAUGAAUGAAGAAGAGUUGCUGUUGACACAUCAUGUAGGUGAUGUGAUAAAUGUUAUACAGAGAAGUAGUCAUUACCUCUUUGAUCCUGAUGAAUUGUUGACGGUUGCGUUUGAGAAGAUAGGGUUCAUGAUAACCACAAACAUAUCAAAGCAGAGGAAAAAGCAGGAACCAGCAGUGAUGGCAGCGCUUGAUCAAAGAAUAAGACGAUUAAAUUCAAUAAACGACGAUGAGAAAUCGUGAUCUUAGCACAAGACAACUUUUGUUGUACUCAUCUUGGUGCCGAGCUCUGCACUAGCAGAGAUGUUGUAAUUGUAAAUUAUGCAUCCUUACCCCUCCUUUUCAUGAUUCUUUAUUUGGUAAGGUUAAUAAUAUUAUAAUUGCCUUGGCUAA